AUGCUCGCUGCUCGUCGUGUUGCUGCCGCCGCUUCCCGUGUGCCUCUCCAGCAGCAGCGUAAUGCGUCGCUGAUCGCGAGCAAGUAUGCCCAAGCACUUUUCGGAGCUGCGUCGAAGAAUGCGCAGACACUGAACAAGGUCCAAUCCGAGCUGACCUCUAUCUCCAACAACCUCCGGGAGGUCCCUACCUUCGGACUCGAUGCGAUCUAUGCGGCUGCUGCCCCCAAGGGUUCCAAGGAACCCGUAACCCCGAUUACCAAGAACUUCUUCAACGAGCUCGUCAGCAAGCACAAGGGUGAACUCGAAGUUGUCGUUACCAGCGCUGCUCCUCUUGAGAAGGGCAUGUUGUCUAAACUCGAGACCACCCUCAAGUCCAGCCAGGCUGCGUCUCAGGCCAAGUCGGUUCGGGUGACCAACAAGGUGAGUCAACCAUCUAUUCUCGGUGGACUCCUUGUUGACUUUGGCGACAAGACGAUCGAUUUGAGCGUUUCUUCCAAGGUUAACAGGCUCAACGCUCUCCUCCAGCGAUGGAUGUUCGUCUUGAUAUGCAUGAGUUCGUGUAAAUCCGGAUAUAUGGCAUCACAUAAGCACGGCGUUUGCCUCGCGAAUGAAACUAGAGCCGAUUCCACCACAAUACCUACGCCGCAUGACCAACUCGUAUUUGCCUCGCUGUUUGUCGUACGCGAACCCGAUUGGCUCAUACACCUCCUGAUUCCUAUCGCGAGUAACUGGCCACGCACACCCUUUCAGAAUCACCACUCCAUCAACCUCAUGGCCGCGCUUGUACCCUAUGAUAACUUUCCCUCUCCGGUGGCUGGGGAUCCUGGAACGAUGUCGACAUUUAUCGAAAUGAAUCUCGCAGUCUACAGGACUGAACGUCGAUCAAAGACCAUCAAGGACGAAUCGGUAGACUGGGUUCCAUACUACGUUCUCGCCUACGGGACUCUGGCCGAAACCAACGAAGUGCUCUCCCCAGUCUGUUAUCUCGACGAUAUAGAUAUUUACAGCUGCAUAAUUGCCGAAUGUGGAGGAACCGUCACCCUAACCAAGCCGCAGCGCAACCCGAACAAGAAGCGGGACUGCACAUUCCGUAUCACUUUUGAGGGCGGCGACCAUACGUUUCGAGGUGUAUUGCAGGACGACAGGGCCGAGUGGGAGUGGAAAGGCUGGCGGUGGCAGCUACGCAUGUUCCAUUCGGACUUCGGUGUAUGGUGUAAUUCCCUGAUCGAAGAACCGGACGAUGAGCCCUCGACGCAAGCCAUUACGCCCAACAAGUACGACGCUCUCAUCAAGGAGUGGUCAUCCAUUUCGACGGCGACGGCGACGAUGAUAUAUGCCCACGCGGAAAAGAAGAAUGCACUCGAUACGUCUCCCACAUCAAUGACCACUGAUUCGAAGCGUCUGACGAUCCCAACCUCCUGGCCGCAUAACCCGCUCUCAAUCCCGUCUCCAGUACGCAGCAAAUCACGCAUGAAGUUGCUUACUACUGGCUUCGACAAUCCGAACGCUUUACAAAUACCUCGUUCUUUUACUCCCUUUACCGAGGCGUCCAACGAUUCGUUCUAUAGCAUUGAUGCGGAAGAUAUCCAAAAUGACACAACCCCACUCCCUGCCCGCCCACGCCAUAUAUCCCUGAGAUACCUAGCCAGUCGGAUCCGGAUGAUGAUUAUGUGGUGCUUUAUAGGGCUUGGCGGUGCGAGCCAUCGGAUGAUGUGGUACUUUGGACAUGAAGUGGACAACACUCUCGCUUGA